UUUUUUUUUCUUUUUUUUUUUUUAUGUCAAUUCUACCUAACCCUUUUUUUCCGACACAGGAGAAGCAGGUUAAUAAUAUGAUAAUAUGUAAACUAUGAGGAAGACUCCAGUUUGGGAAACGCCCCACUGUUGCUUGGCAACAGCCAAACAUCUCUUGCACCUCCGGGCCUGGAGAGCAGAAUGGAGCAUGCAUUUGGCACAAUAUUUUCACGGUUAGAAGAGCAAUAAUCCAGACAUAACCUGAGCAGUUUUGGGGAAUUCCGGUCACCUUACAUGCUUUGAAGACACUGUCAGGAUGAACUAUAAGGAGCUGAUCAGAGAGGCCAUAAAGCUGCUGGACAUGUACGAGCCACACAAACAGUGUGUGGACACCUUCAUCGAGGACUCUGCCAAGACUCUUGUGAAUCGCCCUUCUGCUGAGCAGAUAUUUAUCACUGACACAGUUUAUGGGUGUAUAGUGCAUCAGAAACUUUUGGAUAUUGUGAUCAAUGCCUUUUAUGAUCAGAAGGGAAAAUAUUUCCUCAAAGCUGAUCGAAACCAGUUUGUUGUGGUCUCUUAUCUUGCCAUGUUCCAUCUGGAGGAUCUGGGCUUGGAGCAGUUCAGUACAAUUAUAAAGUCAAUGGACAGCUCAAAAAUGUACAAAUUCUUGAGUUUCUUCUUUAAUGUUACUAACCUCACCACAUGGAUCCAUGGGGAGUGGAGUCAGCUCUAUGAUGCCACCUAUGUAGAGCGCAAGUGGAUAGAGCCAUUACUGAGAUGGCAGACUGAGGUAGAAGGCCUGGUAGAAUACCUCGAGAAGAAAACAACCAAGGGCAGCCAGCCGAAGAAAUUCCCUAAGAAGUCAACAGAACCUCAGGAGUUUGAUCUGACAAAACCCAAACCUCGUCCGCUUCCUGCUCCUGAACUGAUUCCACAACCGGAGAAACCCAAGCCGGUGCCUGCCAGUACCCACAGAGCUCCAAAAGAACAAUGGGUUUUGGAGGACAUCAAACAGAAGAACCAUCUGAAAGCACAGAAGGUCUUGUAUGAGGCGAACACUCAGCAGUUUCGAUGUGCAAACCCACAGAAGUCAGAGAAAACCAAAAAUAUAAUGUCCCAGAUUCAGCAAAACCGUGAAGCUAAACUCAAAUUUGACUCAAUUUACUCCUCUGGAACUCCAGCUACUCAUAAGACAAACAGCUUGCCCAUCAGACUGAACACAGCAGCGAUCUUUCGGGAGGGAGCGUUUUAUAAUCGCCAGAGGGAAGAGGAGCUGAAUAGGCUUGAGCGUCUGAUGCAGGGAGCCAGUGAGCCCUCAGCGUUCCUGCAGUGGCAGAAGGAGAUGAAGGAGAAGGACUUGCAGGAGGAGCUGGCUCAGCUGGAGCGCAGGAGGCUGGAGGGGAAGAUUAGCCACGAGGAAGCUCUGCUGGCACGACAACGAGUCCUUGAGCUCAACCAGCACAAAGCAGUGCUCAAGAAAGAGGAGACUGCACAGCUGAUGCGCAGGUAUGCAGAGAAGCGUCUGCGAGAGGAGAAAGAGAUGAAGGAGCUGGUGCAGAUGGUGGCUGAUGGCCACAAAAACUCUAAAGCUGCCAAAGUGAAACUGCAAGAGAUCAAAAAACGCAUUGUUAAGGAGGUCUCUGAGCAAAGCCAGGAACUGCUUCGGCAGGCACUGGAAGAAGCCCAGGCCGAACUGAGCCGGAAGUUUGAGCUCAUCCGUCAGAUUCGGGCCAUUGAGUCAGUGCCUCAUCUCAGUCAUAAGUUUCUGGACGAUACAGAGACAGGAGGUCAUGAGCUGCUUUGUGAGAUGUCUUUAGCGGAGCUGCGGGAACGCUUGGCCAGGCUGAAGGAGCAGGAGCAGCGAGAGCAGGAGAAAAGGAGGCAAAGGAUUCUGGAGGAGAAACAGAGCAGAGAACAGCAACUGCUUGAGCAGCUGGACACCAUUACUGCAUGUAGGACUGCAGCAGGACUGGCCACUACACAAAAACAGGAUGAGAAGAAAAUGAGACUGAAGUUGAAGGAGGCGGUCAGCACAGAUGAAAGAGUGGUGGCCCUGCAGAAGACUCUGGAGAUGAAACAGCAGGAAAGACAGAAGAGGAAGGAAACUGAAAAAGCCAAAUCGAAGUUAAAUGAACAGAUGGCUGCUCAAAACGUCAAGACCUAUAGCCAUAAAAAGCAGGUACUGGAGAAGCAGCACUGGCUGCAGCUGCAGCAGGCUUUAGAGAAACAGGUCCAGAGAGAGGCAUCAAGAAGAAAUACUUCAGGUCUGAUCCAAGGAAUAGCUACCUAAUAAACACUUAACACUUUCAGUGAGCUAUAGGACAAUUACAAUAUUUGGACUAUUUUCAGUUUAUAUGACCAAUAAAUGUUUGUCAAGAAAAUCAACCCUUGAAGUAUGGAGACAGAUGAACCAAAAUGUUUGACAGAGUG